AUGCCAUCGCUUCGCAUCAUCAAAGGGAAAGGGGUGAAUAAUCGCAGUAAGGAACCCAAGCCUACUACACCCUUGCAACGGCAACUAGUUCAGAACCGCAAACGAGAUUUGGAGCAUGCGGAGGCUUCACAUGCUGCCCUUACCAACAUGCUCAACCAGGAACAGGAAGCACGGCAGCAUCCUGGUGAAAUGCUUGCAGAAAAUAUCCCCGCUGGCCCCGAUCCUUUGGACGAUGUAGGUGAAGUGGAAGACGAUAUUGACGUAAAUCGAUUUAUGCUGGCUGGUGAACCCCCUGAGAACUUUGGCGAUGUAGACGACCCGAUAUUAGCCGCUUUGCGAAGAGAAACACACCUAGCUGAUUGCCUGGCCCACGAGAAACAAUGGUCUUGGCAGUACGCUAUUAUGUUACCAACGUUCCUUCGAGCCAGGCUAGAAACCUCAAAUUGGGGAAACCAACUCAAAUGGAAUGAAGACUUACGACCUCCGUGCAAUUGCACAAUGAGGACUGAACGAGACGUUGACCUGGUUGAUCUACUGUGUGAGUUAGGUACCAUGGGUGCGGGUGCAAUUUUAGCUGGGCCACUUUUUCACAUUCAUACACCUAAUUGA